AUGGCCAGCAUUUUUGAGGCCCCGCGCAAUGCGGGAACUCUCUUCCUCGGAGGUCAAAAGAUCAGCGGUGCCGACAUUCGAGAUCAAAAUGUUCUCGCAACCCAGGCUAUCGCCAAUGUGGUCAAGUCCUCCUUCGGUCCCUCUGGCCUGGACAAAAUGAUGGUGGAUGAUAUUGGAGAUGUUACUGUCACCAACGAUGGCGCGACAAUCCUGAGCCUUCUCGAUGUCGAACACCCCGCAGGAAAGAUCCUGGUCGAUUUGGCGCAACAACAAGACAAAGAGGUGGGAGAUGGCACCACAUCGGUUGUUCUCAUUGCCGCCGAGCUACUACGUCGAGCCAAUGAGUUGAUGAAGAAUCGAAUACAUCCUACUGUCAUCAUCACCGGCUACCGUCUGGCAUUGCGGGAGGCGGUCAAGUACAUGCAGGAGAACAUCAGCACCAAAGUGGAAACGCUGGGAAGAGAUAGUUUGAUCAAUAUCGCCAAAACGUCCAUGUCCAGCAAGAUCAUCGGCGUUGAUGCCGAUUUCUUCGCCAAUAUAGUAGUGGAUGCGAUGCAGUCUGUCAAAACCGUGAACCAACAGAGAAAUGAGGUCAAAUACCCUGUGAAAGCAGUUAACAUACUGAAAGCGCAUGGCAAGAGCGCGACGGAAUCCAUGCUGGUCAAGGGUUAUGCCUUAAAUUGUACCGUCGCGUCACAAGCGAUGAAGACAAGAAUUACCGAUGCAAAGAUUGCUUGCCUGGACAUGAAUCUACAGAAAGAACGGAUGAAACUCGGUGUACAGAUUACUGUGGAGGAUCCUCAACAGUUGGAAAAAAUCCGCGAGAGAGAAGCGGGAAUUGUGCUAGAACGAGUCGAAAUGAUACUCAAAGCGGGAGCAAACGUGGUCCUGACCACCAAAGGCAUCGACGAUCUUGUCCUGAAAUUAUUUGUUGAACGCGGAUGCAUGGCUGUACGAAGAUGUAAGAAAGAAGAUCUCAGACGCAUUGCGAAAGCCACUGGCGCGACUUUGAUCAGCACCCUGUCGGACCUGAAUGGAGAUGAGAAAUUUGAGAAGGAACUUCUUGGGUAUGCGGAGGAAGUGGUCCAAGAACGCAUCUCGGAUGAUGAAUGCAUCUUGGUCAAAGGCACCAAGGCUUUCUCUUCGGCGUCGAUCAUUCUCCGCGGUUCAAAUGAUUAUCAACUUGACGAGAUGGAGCGAUCUGUUCACGAUUCAUUAUCGGCUGUCAAACGAACGCUGGAAUCAGGCAGCAUCGUCCCGGGAGGCGGUGCAGUGGAGACAGCAUUACACAUCUACCUCGAAGAGUUCGCCAUGACCGUUUCCUCCAGAGAACAACUCGCAAUCGGCGAGUUCUCGCAGUCCUUGCUCAUCGUUCCAAAGACACUCGCCGUCAAUGCUGCCAAAGAUGCUUCGGAACUAGUGGCUCAACUACGGGUACGGCACGCUUUGAGCCAACGAGUCCAUGAUGGAGAUGCCAAUGAGAGAGAAAGAGAUAUUGCAAAAAAGAGGCAGUACAAAAACUACGGCCUAGACUUGACGAGGGGCAAAGUUGCCGAUGUUGUGAAAAUGGGUGUGCUUGAACCCAGUAUGAGCAAAGUGAAACAACUCAAGAGUGCAGUUGAAGCCUGUAUCGCCAUUAUGAGGAUUGAUACGUUAAUCAAGCUUGACCCGCCCGAGCCACGAGGAGAUGAUGAUGGCCACGGACAUUGA